AUGUCGCCAAGUUUUGAGUGGCAUCCGAUAAGUCUACUCCGCGACAAGAAACCAGACCAACCCAGUACUGCCGACUUUGCGCUUAUUGUGCUCAACCAGCCUGUGAAGCAGACACCCGUUUUUAACUCCUUAUGGACUAAUGCCCUCACGCGAGUUGCUGCAGAUGGCGGAGCAAACCCGCUGUACAAUCUGAGCAAAGCAGCUCAAGCUCGAUCCCAGCCUCCAUACACCCCCAGCCUCGACGCCAUCAUCGGCGAUCUAGACUCCAUUCUCCCCCACGUCAAGGACUACUAUACGACGCUAGAACGGCCUGCACAAGUCAUCCACAAACCCGACCAGUACUCAACAGACUUUGCCAAGGCCAUCUCAUGGGUCCGCACAAACCACGCUUCCGACCUCGAUGUCGUAGCCCUCGGCGGGCUAGGUGGCCGCGUCGACCAAGGCCUCGGCCAGGUGCACCAUCUGUACCUCUUCCAGCCGGGGCCCGACUAUGCCCAGGGCAAGGUGUUUCUCGUCUCUGGUCAGAGCCUCACUUUUCUGCUCAAGCCCGGUCGCCACAGCAUCUGGGUCCGCGAAGGUGGCGAGGAUGUCUUUGGCAAGCACGUCGGUAUCAUCCCAAUCGGAGGGACCAGCCACAUCACCACCAAGGGCCUCGAAUGGGACGUGGAGAACUGGGAGACCAAGUUUGGGGGCCACAUAAGCACGAGCAACCACGUGCUACCUGAGACCAAGGUGGUCGAGGUCGAGACCACCGAACCAGUGCUUUUCACCAUUGCCCUUGUGGGCACCGAAUAA